UUGCCGGUGUCAUUUUAAUAGCAAAAUAUGAGUCAAUAUACAGUUAAAAAUCUUGAAGACAAGCUCAAAGAGCAAUUGCAGGCCCAAUACGUGCGCGCAGUAGACGAAUCUGACGGCUGUGGAGGAAAAUUCAGCGUCAUUGUUGUCUCAGAGCUAUUUCGCGGUAAGCCGCUACUACAAAAGCAUAGAUUGGUCAACAAAGCUCUCGCUGAGGAGCUUCAGCAAAUUCACGCGUUCUCCCAAAAGACAUAUACUCCUGAAGAGUGGGAGAAAGUGCAGCAAGAGCAAUAACAACAUUAUAAUACCUGUUGCG